CACCUUUCAUGCCGUGUCAGCGAACAUGUGCGCGUUGGCUUUGGACAGUCGCAUUCAUGGGCAAGAUAUAAGGGCGUCUGGAAGGAAUGACAUUUCAAGAACCACAAGUUCUCAUUUCAUUCUAGCCAAGUCUUCUCACCCAUGGCGUCUAUGCAGAAAGUGUUCCGCGACUACGAACAGCGCUGCUCUGUCCUUGCGAAGAGCAGCCAUCCGUUCGCAAAUGGCGUGGCUUGGAUAGCUGGCGAGCUGGUUCCCCUUCGCGAAGCACGCAUUCCGUUGCUCGAUCAAGGAUUUCUACACAGCGAUCUCACCUAUGACGUUCCCGCCGUUUGGGAUGGUCGUUUCUUUCGUCUCGAUGAUCACCUUGAAAGAUUGGACAUCAGCUGUGGGAAGAUACGUCUGAAGCUCCCACUGCCGCGUGAAGAGAUCAAGAAGAUACUCUUGGACAUGGUAGCUCAAUCUGGCAUCAGAGAUGCAUUCGUGGAGCUCAUAGUGACCCGAGGAAUGAAGGGUGUGCGCGAAUCAUUGACAGCACCCGGGGGGAUCGUAAACAACUUGUACAUGUUUAUCAUGCCCUACAUUUGGUGCAUGGAACCCUCCAUGCAGCUUGCCGGCAACGGCAGCGCUAUCAUAGCACGCACCGUUCGCCGAACACCACCUGGCGCGUUUGAUCCGACGGUCAAGAACCUGCAAUGGGGCGAUCUCACGCGAGCCAUGCAUGAAGCGUCAGAUCGCAAGGCAAACUACCCGUUCUUAACGGAUGGCGACGCAAACAUCACCGAAGGGUCAGGCUUCAACAUAUGCAUAGUCAAAGGCGGCGUUCUAUACACACCUGAUCGCGGUGUGCUCGAGGGAAUCACGCGCAGGAGCGUUUUUGACGCGGCAACUGCAAACGGAAUCGAGUACAAGUUGCAAGUGGUGCCGGUGGAGCUCGCAUAUCAAGCUGACGAGAUAUUCAUGUGUACCACCGCAGGAGGAAUCAUGCCCAUCACGAUUCUAGAUGACAAGCCUGUGAAAGAUGGCAAGAUUGGACCGAUCACGAAGAAGAUAUGGGACACGUACUGGGCGAUGCAUUGGGACUCUAGGUAUACGAUCGAGGUGAACUAUAGCAGUGGAAGCAAGUUGUAAACAAUGGGCGAGGUGAAAGUGCAUUCAGCAGAGAAAUUUAGUAAGCAUCAGAGCUUUGGAGCAUUCGGUCUUGGGGAUUAGGAUUGGAUCAUGACAAACUUGGGUAGAAUUCCACCCCUAAGACACGCAUGAAAACAUCAAUGCAAUCCGCACGUGACACGCCC